AUAUAUUUCUUUUUCUUUUGUCUAAAAUUUAAAUUUACUUAUGGCUUAAUAGCCUUUAUCAAGGCAAUAAUUAAUAUUAAAAAAAAGUGGAAUGGAGUGAAGUGGUGUUCGGUGGUGUCUGUUUUGUCUGCAUUUGUUACGGAGAGAGAUUAUGCUUAUAACUAUGAAACCAAUAUUUCCAGUAAUUUGGAGUUUCGUCUUCAUCAAAGUUGCUGCUGAGUACACAGUAGAAGAUUGUUGGUCUCUUGGAUUUAACAAAGCAAACCUGUUAUGUUCGUCAUGUGAUCAGUUGCACAAAUUCAACCUUGGAAUUAUAAAGGAGCAUUGUCAGCAGUGCUGCCAGAAAGAUGAAAAUGCACACACAGUUAAACGCUAUGCACAGGCUCGGUUGGAAGUGUGUACGUGUAAGUUUGGAGUGUACCCACAGAUACAAGCUUUUGUGAAGAGUGACAGGCCUGCAAAGUUCCCAAACCUGCAGAUAAAAUACGUAAGGGGAUUGGACCCCAUAAUCAAACUCAUGGACAAAGAUGGAAGUGUUAAAGAUAUUCUGGCAAUUGACAAAUGGGACACGGAUACAGUAGAAGAGUUCCUCAAGACACACCUAAUAGAUCCUGAUGAAGAGGAAAAUGAUUAUUUGCAGACAAAUCAAAUAUGAAGUGUUGUCAUGCCACAUUUGGUUCUGAUGUAUUAUAAAAUAUGUUUAGAAUUUGAAUGACUUUGUAUGAAAUCCCACCAGAUCGCUCAUGCUGUUCAUGCUAACAUAAUUGCUGUGUCAAUUAUUGAAAAAAUGGGAUAAAACUCACUAAAAUUAUAAUUUUUUUAAAGUUUGAUGUUGAAUUUAAAUAUUUCUAGUUUUGGUGAACUGUAUGAAUUUUUAAAAACUUGUUUGUGAAUGGAAUUUUUAGCCACAUUUAUACUUAAUGUGCCAGUAAAUAAUUUUGUACAUUUGUAUCUACUGUAGGGGAUAUAUACAAUAAGGUUGUUAUAAGACAGCCAUUAGGGCAUACUGUGUUCUUGGUGUGACUUGAUUGUGUGUGGUUGUUAACCUAAAACUGAAAAAACACGACUAGUGUUUAUUUAAUGCUGCUGUGGAUCAUUCACAUUAAAAUGUGGGGUGUAUAUACUUUAUAUAUUUACAUGAAUACUUUCAUAAGUAAAAAAUAAUAAUGAAAUUAGUUAUUUAGGAAGGAAGUUUACUUGAAUAAACAGUUUUAAUUUCAAUUAUUUCAUGCUUCUUUCUUGAACACUUAAAUGCUCUGUAAAUAAUGUAGACAAAAUUUUGUUCACAUACAGUGUACCUAGCCACAAGCAAAAUGUUUAUAUUACCGGUAAUGAUCAAGAAGCACAAUAGUAUUUUAAAAAAAUAAUAAGUUCUCAUCUUCAUUCUCGAUAAUUAAUGAGCAGAAAUAUGCUCGCAGUGCUCAUAGUUCACAAAACAUAAUGAACAUAUAUUAAGGGUAAAGAGAGGAGAUGUACAAGACAAGAGUUGUGAUGGAAAUGCUUACUCAAGGCCAUUGGGUCUCCGCGAUCACAGCAAGAGCUCAACCAUUUGGGAGUGACAAAUCCUGCUACAACAUGGUUUUACUAUUAAUGUGAAAGUUUUUGUGACUGUUUUGAAUAAAUUCUGGCUGUAUCUACUA